CGACUCAAACACUAACCAAAAUACGUUUUCCCUUUCUCUGGUUUCUCUCCUUUCGUCACUGCUUUCCUCUCCUUACUUUCCCUUCCGCUGUUCCUUGCCUCACCGUCCGAUCGAAGGGGCCAGGCGACACCGGUCGACUAUCUGCUAGCUGGACGGUUCUCUCGGAGCGCAGAUCUGACGUCGGAGUCAAAAAAUUUGGAUAUCCUUUUUUAUAGGCCUGAUGCAGCGCCAGCAGACGUUGGAUCCAUGUUCCAGAAUUGGAUCGGCACUCCAGUGGUGCCGACCUGUGUGUGCCUGGAGGACAGAUCCGACGCAGUUGAGUACCGGAUGGGACUCAAACAGCAUCGAAACGGUGUUCUGUUUCCUACCAAUUCGUGGCGCCAACCGCAUUGGACGGCCACGACCGGUGUUCUCGGGUGCCAGUGCGAGCAGUGACCCGUAGCGCCGACCAGACACCUUGGAUCCGUCUUUUGUCAAACCCUAACUUGCUCUCAUUAGAUCGAGCUGCCGAUUGAGGCGUUUCUAGAGGGUCAGGCACCUAAAUAGAGCUCAUACCUCGGUAAUUCACUAGUCCUUAUAUCUUCGUUUGUAACUUCAAGAUUCUUUCUAUCGCUCAUCUCCAUCAUGAAAAAAAUCUUUAGAAACUGCAAUUAUCGAAGCAUAUAUCCUGCAUCGUAAGAGAAAAUUGAUCCUGAAUAUGAUUGCUUAGUUGUGGGUAGAUGCCCUAGCUCUAGAUUUUAUGUAGUAGCAUAUGAGAUUUUUGCAUCAUUUGAUGUUGUGAAAUCUAUAGUGAUUUAUGAGUGAGUAAACUCUUAUCUAUAUAUAUAUAUAUAUAAAUUAUGGUCGUUGUG